CCACUUUCAUCUUUUCACUUCAAUCCCAAAAACCUUUCUAACAACUUUUGCAAAAACAAGAAAAAGGACUAACUAGCAAAAGAAGACCACAAACAAAAGGUCACAUGGGGAGAGAGCUCAAGCCUGAAGUGACUUUUUGAGUGGAAAUCACCAAAACCAAAAACCAAACCAGAAAGGUGAACUCAAAAAGCAAACCUCAAAAAUCUCCCCACACUGAAGACAACUUUCCAACACUAAUGGCUGCACAAGAAGAACAACAAGAAAAACAAGAAAACCCCAUUUCACCUUUCUCUUUAGAACCCAACAAAAACCACUUUGAGAAGAUUUUCUCCUCAUAUUUGGGUGUAAGUUUUGCUAUCUUUCUUGGGGUUUUACCAAGAAAUGCAAUUUCUUUAGUUCCAAGACUUCAAAACCGCAACAAGGAGCUAACUUUUCAGCUCAUUGAGACAGAAGAACAGUUAAAGCAGUUACUUUUUAGGAGAAAAGAGGAUUCAAAGGCAAAUGCAAGAGUUGUAGAAAUCUUUGCAAGUCAUAGACAUUCUUGGCAACAAGAAGAGAAGAGGUUGUUGCAACAGAUUGAUGAGUGUGAUGAAGAGAUUGCAGAGUUAAGAGGGAGAGCUGAACAGUUUGAGAAAAUGGAAAGUGAGUUAAGGGCUAAUAUUGAUGAGCUUAAAAGGGAGAUCAGUGAAAGAGAUGAAAUGUUGAAUUUUAUGAGUAGAAGGGGUGGUUGUGAGAUGGAAAAUAGUACUAGUGGAGAUGGUAAUAUUGGAGAUUGUUAUGCUGAAAUGGGUUUGAGGUUUGGGAAAGUUGGGUUAUCAGAAGGGGGGAUGGGAGAGUGUUAUUUGGGUAAUGGGAUACCUAAUGCUGAGCAAAUGAGUAAUGUUUAUGGACAAAGUAAUAAUGGGUUUAACUCAGAAUACUUGAAUUCUGCUUCUAAGUUUUGGGCUGAAAAAGCUAGUCCUUGGCAGGAUGUGCAAUAUGAUUCUGCCGAUUCACUUCACCAUUUAAAGCAUUUUGUAGCAAGAAGGGAGGCCCCUUGGAAGGUAGAUGGUGAAUCAACAGGAGUCUCCUCCAAACUAAAGUUACUUGAGCAGGAGCUACUGAAUUUGGAAAAAAUUGGGAAGACAGAUUCAUCUAAGGUACCAUCAUCAACGCGGAAGCAGGUGAAGAGAUACCAAGCUCUUGCUGGCAAGAUCGAUGAUCUAUGCAGAAGAAUGCAGCAGGCGAGUGACCCUUGUGAAGCCACGCUUAGUCCUGAGUUCCGGACCCAAAGACAGACGGAAUUUUUGCUUGAAGCAUUUCGACUCCAGCAGCGUGCAUCUGAAACUGGUCAGAAGCUGACGGUACUACAAACUGAUAGCGGAAAGAAUUAUUACGGGAACGAGUUUGAAGGUCAAGCCCAACUAGCUACCAAGCGAUCCUUUGACUCCAUCCGAAACAACUUAAAAGAAAUCCAACGGAAUUUAGAGAUAUGGCUGGCCAGAAUUAUUGGGGAUCUUGAGGGAAUCCUUUCCCGAGAUGGUGCUUCUCGUGUAAGGGAUUAUUAUAUAUCUAGAUAUCCUUUUGGUCAAUAAUUAUGUGUUAACAGGCUCAGUAAAAUCAUGAUUGAAAAUAUAGUCUUUUUUGAUGAAUUUGUCCUCCGUGCUAAUGAAAUGAUGUAUAGCUCCUUUAUGUUAACAA